AUGUCGGACGACGAAUCUUGUCAACGAAGAUCUUCCAGAAGGCCUGUCAAUAAGGUUAAGGAUGCCAAAACUAGUGCCUUGGAGAGGCUGAAGGAGGCCAGGAGAAGCGGAAGAGCUUAUCGCGAACGGGUAAGGUCUAAUAAACAGCAAUCUUAAUUCAUUUUAUGCCUUAAACAAGAAUUUUGACAAUAUUCCAAGUUUCAUAAUUUAAUUUUUUCAAAAAUAGUGUUGUAGUUUAUGUAAAUUUUAUGGUUAUAGGUAGACGACAUUGUACAAGAUGUCUUGGUGGAUGUGGACGAAGAUGAAUACAACAGAAUGUAUAGGGCUUCAGACUUUGUAGACGACGAUGAUGGAGCCGGUUACGCUGAUAGUGACGAGGAAGAAGUGGCAACUUCAUCAAAGGAGAAGAAGAAGGCGGCCAAGAAGGAGCAGAAGAAGGACAAGAAGGCUGGGGAUAUUACUCGAUUUUUAAGGCCUGAUGCUAAACUUGUUGAGGUAUGUUCUUAACUUAUUUGAUUUAUAUUUAGGUAUUUUCAUAUCCCAAUAUCAGCAAAGCGUUACUUUUUAAUUUUUAGAGAGCACCUACAACUUCUCAAGUUGAUGACGAUACAGCUUUGGCUGAAGCGUUGGCUCAGCUUGAAGAAACGGUUGACGAUGGUACUCAGGUCUUGGAUUUUUUCACUGAAGAAGCCGUUUCAGCUCCAGAACCCGUAACGGAGUGGAACGAUGAAGAAGAUACUGUUACAAACGUUCCCGAAGUCUUUAAACCGUAAGUUUUCAAAAUAUGAAAUAUAAUAAUUUAUAGAAAAGUGAAUUAAUUCAAAAGAUUUUAUUCUUGAUAUAGAGGAUCUAUAUUUCUUUUACUUUUGCGUUUAGAGCUACAAUUAAAAGGGUUCGACGAAUGUCAGAUGACGAUUUUACUGCCAAAGUAGCGAAGAUAGAUGAAAAGACAACAUUGAAGACUGCAAGGCAAAAUGAAUCGACUUUUACUGCUUCAACUCACGACAAAACUUUAGUUUCUGACACCAAGAACACUUUAAAAGAUGUUAAAAUUAAAGAAACUUUGAAUAACGUUUCUAAACCAGCUUUUGAUGAUGUAGAAGAUAGCUAUGAUAACGGAAUUAAUGAUGAUAAUGAUAUUAGCAUAAGUCAAGAUGUAGCGAUGGAGGAAGAUAUGUUUGAUCACACAACUGUAGUAGAAGAUGUUUUGGAAGAAGAGGAAGAACAAUUUUCUUCAGACAAUGGAGCCAACUUGAACUUCUACUGUUUAGAUUUCUACGAGAACAAGGGAUCGGUGUUUAUGUUCGGGAAGAUGGGGACUCAAUCUUGUUGUGUUGAGGUCAAGGGGAUCGAGAGGAUUGUCUACUUUGUGCCUAUUCAGGUGAGCAAUUGCUGUUAUUGUUCAAAGUUUAGGUAUAAUACUGAAAGGAGUGGUUUUAAUUUAAUAUUGUCUUAAUUUAAUAUUGCUUUACAUUUUUUAGGAAGAACUUGACGACCUGAAGCGAGAAGUGACAGAAGUGUUGAGAAAGAGUGGCAUAAGUCAAUUCAGAAGCAAAGAAACGGUGAUUAAGUAUGUACCAGAUGGAGACGACAUUGAUAAAGAGAUGAAGGUCUUCAUGGUUGCUUAUGAUGUAUGUUUAUAUUGCUUUAGUAGCAAAACGUGUAACUGAAAGCUCAAAAAUAUAGAGAUUAAACUUUUAACUUGAUUAAGUGGAAUAACAAUCAUUGUUCAGGGUUCUUUGCCAGCUUUGGACAUUGACUUAACUGGAAAUUACUUUAAACGAGUCUUAAACACAUCUUCAUCACCUCUGGAACGACUUUUAAUGGAAGCCAAACUCAAAACACCUUGUUACCUAAAUAUCGCCAAUUCUGGUAAGUUUACUGUAAAGAAUAUGGUAGUCGUUAUCUAUGAUGACAGUAAUAUACUUUUAUUUAUAUAGUCUUACAAAUAUCUUAUCAAGCUAAUGUCACCUAAAUUUACAGAAAUUGUGGAAAACAAGAAGUCGAAUUGUGAAGUUGAGUAUACGGUGAACAACAAGAACCUGAAGAACGUUACGAUGUCAUCGUCUACAAAAGCUCCACCGAGGAUUCGGAUGUUGGUGCUUUAUGCUGUUACUGCUUUGGUACCAUCAGGACAAAAAGAGGUGAGUGUAAUUUUGUUGUAGUUGAUUCUGGUGUUUAGAUCGUGGCUUUAUCUGCCUUGUACAAGAAGAACGCAUUCAUUGAAAAGCCAAACGAAAAGAGUCCCGGAGGCUACGAAAUCUUAAAUUGCAAGUCUUAAAGGAGUUACUAUAAUAUAAUGUUAUCAUUAACCUAAUAUAAAUUUUGUUUUUAUUAUUUUGUAACGCUAUUUUUGAUGAAAUAUGUUAUAGAUUGACUAAAUCUAAUAUUGUAUUUUAGUUAUUGCUAAACCCACCAAAGGUACCCUUCCAAUAGCCUUGAACGACGUUCUCAAGCAGAAGAACAUGACUGAUAAGGUGUUUAUCCAGCAGAACGAACGAGCUCUGUUGGCUGCUUUUUUGGUCAAGUUCAAGGAAAUGGAUCCUGAUCUUGUUGUUGUAAGUCGAAAUUAACAUUUUUAAAAAUUACUUUUUUUUAUUUUUAAGUUACAGUAGGAAUUAUUACGGUAGAAACGAGUGUAAUAAAUUAAUGAUAUGUUAUAGAUGCACGAUGCUGAAGAACAUCUGGAGUUUUUGAAGAACAAACUGACGAAACACAAGAUAUCAACGUACAACUUUUUGAGUAAGAUGAAGCGCCUUCUGCCUAUCGACAAGAUCAAGAAGUACAACAUGAACGUUCUCACAGCUGGUCGAUUGAUUCUUUGUUCAAAGUAAGUUUUUUUAUUUAAUUUAAAAGGGGUUAGACGUUAUUAAUACGCAUUUGUUUUUGGUAAGUAUCUUAAAUUUUAACUUCAAUUUUGUGAAUAACAAGUGUUGUAACGUUAUGUAAUGUUGGUUAUAAUACAUACAAUAAUAUAAUACAAUAACUUAAAACAUUUUUUAGGACAGCCGCCCGUGAAUUGGAUAACAAAUGUAAAAGUCAAGACAUGGACGACUUGGUUUUGUCACUUCUAUUACCCAAUGAUGCCAAGAUCAGUCGAAGGCCGUUAAGUCCAGAAGAGCUUCUGGAGCCAUUCUUCUCCGCCAAAGGAUUACCGGCCUUCUUCAAGCUGUUGAAGUUCUGCUGGUACGAAGCCUACCUUUCUCUUCGUGUUAUUUUACAAUUGAAUGCUUUGCCUUUAUUUGUCAGAAUCACAAAGAUUGUUGGUGGUAUUAUGGUAGGUCUUGGUGUAUAUAAAGUUUUUUUACGAUUUAUGUUGCAUAUAAGACAGAAAAACACACCGGUAUUUUUGUGAAAUACAACUUUUCAGUCGAGAACACUAACUAGAGGAAGAGCUGAUCGUAACGAAUUCUUGUUGCUGCACGCCUUUCACGAUCGUGGUUAUGUUCCGUGGGACAAGAAGAAGUCUGGAGGCAAAGAUGACGAUAAGUCUGUGUAUCUUGGUGGUAAAGUGCUGGAACCUGUUAAAGGGUUGUGCGAGAACUUUGUGCUUCUACUGGACUUCAACUCGCUGUAUCCGAGUAUUAUUCAGGAGUACAACAUCUGUUUUACCACCAUCGACAAGUGUUAUCUGGAUCGGGUAAGUUUUUUAAUAGAUAUGUUGUUUACAAAUGGCUUUGUUUUAUGUUUUUAGUAUUAUUUUAUUAGUCUUAUUACAUUUUAUUUAUUUUUAUUGUGUUUUAGACACCAGAGAAUGUUCUUGAUUCAAUACCUGCCAAGGACAUUGAGCAAGGUAUAUUGCCAAAAGAGAUUGGAGAAUUAGUGAGAAGAAGAAGAGUCGUUAAGAGUGAGAUGAAGACAACUACAGAUCCUGACAAGUAUCUUCAGGUAACUUUAACAAAUAUAUACAGUAAAACUCCUGUAUAACGAGCAAUUUAGGAAUCUUUGAAAAACACUUUAUACAGGAGUUCCACUAAAAUUGCUACAUAAUUAUAUAUGGCUUUUAUAAGUAACCGAUAAUGGUAAUUCUACUACUUAACAGUGUUCAGUACAUUACUGAUUAUUUUAGUUGGACGUAGAGCAACUUGGUCUCAAACUGACCGCUAACAGUAUGUACGGAUGUUUGGGAUUCAAAGGUUCCAGAUUCUACGCCAAGAGCAUGGCUUUAAUGAUCACGGUAAAAGGCAGAGCUCUUCUCGACAGAAAUGCCGAGAUGGUGAACAAGAUGGGCUACCCGGUGCUUUAUGGAGAUACCGACUCCAUCAUGAUCAACUCCCAAUUGGACAAACAUUCCGAAGCCAAGGAGUUGGCCUACAGGAUAGCCAAGGACUUGAACGGACCUUUUAAAUACGUGGAAAUGGGGGUAGAUGGCAUGUUCAAGAAGUUGUUGUUGCUCAAGAAGAAGGCGUACAUGGCGUUGACCAUGGUUAACAUGAACGACCCCAACACCGUCAAGAUGGAGAUCAAGGGGUCACAGCUGGUGAAGAGAGACUGCAGUGAAUUGGUGAAGAAGAUCUGUCGCCGAGUCCUGGGCAUAAUCAUGGGGUCAGCUGAGGUUGAUACCAAGGUAACGGAGGUCAUAAAUGUUUUGUCAGAAUGGAGACGGAGGCUGUUUGCUGGAGAGUUCGAACUCUCGGACUUUGAGAUCUACCAACAGUUGAACAAGGAUGUCAGUGAGUACAAUGACAAUGGGUUGUUGGUCAACCUGGCCAAGAGGUUAAAUCAAAGUGGCAAGUACAAUUUGAAAAAGAAUGACAUGAUACGGUAUAUCAUCUGUGAGGUAGGUAGAAGUUUGAUGUGGAAUGUUAUCUUGGAUAGAUACUGUCCUAUCUUGGUUAUUUUCAUAAUGGCAAUUGAUUCUAAUUCACGAUGAUAAUUGAUUCUAGGAUGGCAGUACUUACAGCGACUCGAAACGAGCCUAUCAUACUGAUGAAGUUGAGGCCGCAUUGAAGAAGGUUCCAGAAAAGGCAGAUACUGAUGAUAAGGAGAACGUGAAACCAUCAGAACCUAACCUUAAAAUAGGUAUGGCAUUAAGAUCUAUAAAGAAAUCGUGCUUUAAAUAUUAAUUAUAAGAUGUAUAUGUUAUUUACGUUUGGAAAUGUCGUUAAUUUCAGAUUACAUGUACUACGUUGACAAGACCUUCACUUUUGUCAAUGGUAUUUGUGAUGUGAUUGAAUGGCUAGAUCAAGAAAGGAUUGUCACGGCUUUGGGAAUGGAUGCUUCAAAGAUAAAGCGACGAGGCCAAACCACAAAUUACUCAGCCUUCGAUGUGUGUUAUCAGAGUGAGGAGUACGAAGGAUUUAGUUUCGAAUGCCCUGGAUGUCAGAAAGUCGUCAUCGUGAGGUCUCCAAUCGAGAUUAAGGUAAUAUAAUUCAUUUAAAAAGUGUUAAUUAUGUAUAUUUAUGUCAUUGUUAAUGUCAUGGUUAUCAUGUUCAUUUAAUUUAUUGUUGAUUCGUAUAUGUAAGUUUAAAGGUUAAUUAAUUUGCAUUUCAGGACGGACACAUAGUGUACACGAUGAAGAAUUGUUUAGAAUGUAAUCAUGACUUAACGCCGGACCGUCCAUACCUACUAACUCGCCUUCACGAGAUUCUUCACGAACAUAUCUCUCGCUUCAACAAAGCACCGUAUGUGUGCACAGAUUCAGGUUGCGGACACGAAGAAACAGAUGUUUGCAAAUUAAACUGGACCAGCAAUAAAUACGUCCCCAAGUGCUCAAAAUGUGAUGGUACCCUUGCCAAAGAAGUAAGUUUCUUGGUGUAGUAUUAUUUUAAUUAUUGUUGUAUAAGAAUUUAAAUAAUUCAUAGUAUAAACAAGUUAGUAUGACUGACUUUAAAAUUCAUAGUCACAAAAUAAGUGACUGACGUUGUUUUAGUUCGACCUGAUCCAACUGAGCGAGCAACAACGAUCCUAUCACAAUUUGUUUGACAUCGAAACCUUUACAAAACAGGCCAAAACCAACUUGAAGAAACGUUUGGAAGAUGACCCAAACUACAAAUCAGUAAAACAAUUCUACGGCCAGUUGUUGGAGAUAGUCGACGAUCGCUGGCGACAGAACAAAGCAUCCAAAGUCGACUUGUCUAGCCUGUUUAGAGGUUUCCAACUUAAAUAG